AACCGGAACACACCGACCGAACCGGUGGAAGUACAAGAAUAGAAGACAAACAACAAACAAGACCAACAAGAAGCUCUCUUUUUAGGGCACCACCCAAAAUUUCAAAUUCAACCCUCUCGAUCGAUCUGCUCUCCGUUCGUGGUUGAGUUAUGAGGAGAUACAGUCCAGCGUACCACAGUCCGCCGCGUAGGCAUGGAGGUCGACCAAGAAGCCCUCCACCCAGAAGAGGUUAUGGUGGUGGUGAAAGAGGGAGGCCCAAAGAUCAAAAUCAGGGUAGUCUUUUGGUUCGCAAUAUUCCCUUAAAUUGCAGGCCCGAAGAGCUUCGUGUGCCGUUUGAACGGUUUGGAGUGGUGAGAGAUGUGUAUCUACCGAAGAACUAUUAUACAGGAAAGAGCGGUUCAGUUCUUCAACAAAAUAGGAAGAAGUCGAAGAACGUUUUAGUUUUGGACAACAUUGAUUUCAAGUUCAAAUCUUUACAAGAAAAUUCAAGAUUUUUGAAGUUGCCAAUUUGUCAUUCGUACUUGAUUGUAAAGGAAAAAAGGGAACCACGUGGAUUUGCGUUUGUGCAGUUUGUGGAUCCGUAUGACGCUGUAGAAGCCCAAUAUCACAUGAACGAGCGUAUGUUUGCUGGUAGGGAGAUUUCCGUUGUUCUUGCUUCCGACACAAGAAAGAGGCCCGAGGAGAUGCGUCGAAGAGCUAGGGUCAGGGGACCCUCAGGUCAUGAAGGCCGGCGAUCUUAUCAUGGUGGGCGAUCUCGGUCGCGUUCUCGUUCUCGCUCCCCUCGUCGUCCUUCAGGUUCUAGAAGCCGUCAUCGGUCAAGGUCCUAUUCUCCUGCUCCUAAAAGAAGACGAGAUUAUUCUCCAUCCCCGGUUAGAAGAGCUCCUCGAUCACCGAGAGAUUCUCGGGAUUAUGACGGUGCUGAUGAUCAGAAUGGUGAUAGGAGGAUUCCACAUGAAUCUGAUGGAGGAAACACGCGGUACAGGUCAUCUCCUGGCGGAGCAUCACGGUCGCCAUCUGGAUCUAGGUCAAGAUCUGCGGAUAUAGCGUCACCGCGCGAUAAGGGUUAUACAAGCCCUAGUUGAGUUGCUUAUUGCAUGGUUGAUGUUUGUACAUGCAUUAUAUUAUAUUUAACUUGAAACUUCUGCUUGGUGACCUGGCAUGUAUGUUCCUAGAAUUCUUAUGUGAAGACUCUCUAUUGUGUUGCAUGUUUUAUGGAUUAUAUAUAACUCCAUGAAUGCUUAAACUUUA